GACAAUUGCAAUCGUGUCAUAACCUAGUGCCACUGCAAGUCGCCGAUCAGUCUUUCUGCGAACUCUCGCCGCCCCAACAGCCUUGCUCUGCCGCCGACGCCCCUCCGUCCUCUCCCUGUCAGACUCCCGCCACAGAAGCGCCGCCGCUGAAUUUGGGUCCUCCUCCUCAAUCGUGUUAGCUCCUUUCCUGUACGGGGUUAUCGAGAUGCCUCGUAAGCCGGCAAGGCAUUGCAGGUAUCAGCCUCUGACAUUUUCCCCAUUUGCGCGUCACAUUGCUCACGUUGCCUCCGGCUUCAUGGACAACCGCCGAAGGCAUGGCAGAGACCUCCCUGAAAAUUCACUACCUAAUUCCACAGGUAAUGGUUGGAUAAAGAGACCUUCGGAAAUCAAGAAAGAACAGUCCACGUCUUCUGAUGAAGAAGAGUUUGAUGGAACUGUCCAAGCAGAUUUUGCUUUCUUUGAUCCAAAACCUGACGACUUUCAUGGAGUGAAGAUGUUGCUUCAGACAUACCUUGAUGAUAAAGAAUGGGAUUUGAGUGGUUUUGCAGACUUAAUAUUGGAACAGACCACUGUAGGAACUGUUGUUAAAAUAGAGGAUGAUGAAGAUAAUGGAAUUUUCGCUCUUGCUACUGCCCUUAACUUGGAAAGAUACAAGGGCCAUAAAUGUAUUACGGAGGUUAAGGAGUUUCUCCUUAAAGUAUGUCAAGAGAAGGAUGUGAAAGAUGACCUGAGAUCACUUUUGGGAAAGGAAGCAAAGAGUGUGGGUCUUUUGGUCUCUCAACGGGUGACAAAUUUACCUCUGCAGCUCUUGCCACCUCUUUAUGAUGCGCUCUUUGAUGAAGUCUCUUGGGCUACAGAAGAUGAGCCAACAGAGGAGCUCCAGAAUUUCUUUCGUUUUAAGGUUUACAUAAUAGUCAGUAAAGUCUACAAGCUAAGAAAUGCACACCAGAAAAAGGGCGUGAGUGUCAGUGAAGAGCCAAUAAUAUAUAUAAAGCCAGAAGAUGAAAUUUUUCACGAGCUGAGCACCUGGUCCUUCGAGUUUCCUUUGCACACUGAGCAACCAACUCUUGAGCUAAGAAACUAUCAGCAAAUGGGACUAGUCAUGGCUGUUAAAGCAGACCGGAUCCCAACGUUCCGACAACAGAUAAAAUCUCUAGUAGAUGAAUCAUGAUUCUAAUUGAAAGGUGUCGCAGGUGCCUAAUUUUGAUGUCUUUCUGCCCGUGCCUGAGACGGCCCCUCACUAGGUUCAUCUAAAAAAAGGUGAAACAAUGAAAAGCAUACAUGCAUUGAGGAACUUGUCAUGUCAUGUUAUUAUCUUUGAGUUCUAUCUGAAUCGAAAAGGAAAUGGCAAAACAACGAAACCAUCUGCAUUUUCUUAGAAGUGGAACUUAGCUAUAAGAACAAAGAAGAGCACCAUUUUUGUAGAACUAUUUUGUUAGUUUAAGAUUUUUUUUGGGUUAUAAGAACAAUAUACAUGGAUUGUUUUGUUUGAA